UGAGGUUUAAUUUCUUCAUACCUGAAAAUAAUAAAUUUGGAUUUUUUUUUGUCUAGUAAAUUAUUAGAUAAUUUCUUGUUGAAUGUGCAAUAGGAUGAUUUAAGUGCAAUUAUAUACAUUUUGUUAGGUGAUUCACAUAGUAGUAUUAGCGAAAUCAGAAAUUUUGUUAACGGUGUUAUUUUGACCUGUAUACAUAUAGUAUAAUUUUUGACGAAGAAUGUUCAUCUGAUUACACAUUUUUGUAUCACCUAUUAGAGAUAUAAACAAGAUUGUUUUUUUUUUGUUACGUUUGAUGGCUGAUAUUGGCAAGGCAGUGUCUCGAUUCGACGUAGAAUCGUUACAAGAAAUGCUUUGUUUUCAAGAACAACUUAUAGAGAAGUUGUACAAUGAGUUGGAUGAAGAAAGUGAAGCCUCAUCUACUGCAGCAACAGAGGCGUUAUCGAUGAUUUUACGUUUACAAGGUGAAAAGGCUGCAGAGGAAAUGGAAGCAGAACAGUAUAAGAGAUUUGUAGAAGAAAAAAUGAGUCAUGCUGAAGAAUCAUUAUGUGUUUUACAAGAACUUAUUGAUCAAAAACAGAUAAAGAUAGAUGAAUUGGAUCAUCAGGCACAAGAUUAUCGAUAUAAGCUCGUGAGUAUGGGCUAUGAUGACGAUAUUGAUGAUAGUGAGCUCGAAUAUUUCGAGGAUUUAGAAGGGAAAUUGAUUGUUCAGUCUAUUGGGAGGUGUAAAUCUACUCCGAAUAUCCCAUUGAAAGAUGAUAACAUGAAAAAGGAUGAUCUUAAAGACGAAAAUAUCAGUCCAAAACGCGAUAUGAAUGAUGUUCCAAUGGUUGGGAGUAUAAGUGUGUACUGUGAGCAGAUGGAAAAGUUGGAACAAAGAGUGAAACAGAUUGCUGGUGCUAAUAACUACGCGAAAUUGUCUAGUUUACCAAUUUCUAAAAGAAGCUCUUGUAACAAUUUCUUGGAGCAAUUUAAAGAAACGUACAUCGUUCAGCAUCGAGUGAAUAAAUCAGAUAACGAAGCUGCUGCUAGUCGAUCUGUUUCUCCUCCGAAUGUUCUUGAUGUCUUUGAAGUCCCUCGAGCCAUUAAAGAUGAAGAUUUUGUUGUCCGAAAGGAGGCUGAAAGGCUUGUUAAAGAUGAAACUGAUUGGCAUAAGAAAUAUUUAAUACCUAUGCAGCAUUUGGAUAUUUGUCCUACAACUAGUGCUUCCGAAACAGCAGAGAUUCGUCAUUUCAAUAGGACGGUGUUUGAGAUAGAUGAAGUCGAGAGACAAGGUACGAGGCAAGAACCCGAUAAACACGAAGAGCUAAUGAUGUUACAUGACAUUAAGGAGAAACUAAAUUUAGAACCUUUAAAGCAUUUGAAAGUUUGUCCAAUGACUAGUGAUUCAGAAACAGAAGAGAUUCGUCGUGUCAAUAGGAGCACGUUUAAGAAAACUGAAGUUGAGAGACAAGGUACGAGGCAAGAACCCAACAGACACAAAGAGCUAAUGUUGUUACAUGACAGGAAGGAGCAACUAAAUUUAGUACCUAUAAAGCAUUUGAAAAAUUGUCCAAUGACUCAUGCUUCGGAAACAGCAGAGAUUCGUCAUGUCAAUAAGAAGUUUGAGAUAGCUGAAGUCGAGAGACAUGAUACGAGGCAAGAACCCGAGAGAAACAAAGAGUUAAUGUUGCUACAUGACAGGAAGGAGCAACUAAAUAUAGUACCUAUAAGGCAUUUGAAUAAUUGUCCAAUGACUAAUGCUUCAGAAACAGCAGAGAUUCAUCGUGUCAAUAAGAAGUUUGAGAUAGCUGAAGUCGAGAGAGAUGGUACGAGGAAAGUCGAGAGACAUGGUACGAGGCAAGAGACAGAGAGACACAAAGAGAUAAUGUUGUUACAUGACAUUAAGGAGCAACUUAAUUUACUACCUAUGCAGAAUGAGGACAAGUUACAUAGAGUAGGUGAAGCUACUUCUCCUACCACUAGUGUUUCAGAAACAGCAGAGAUUCGUCCUGUCAAUAGGACGACGCUUGAGAUAACUGAAGUUGAUAGACAACGUAUGAGGCAAGAAUCCAACAGACACGAACAGCUAACGUUGUUAUAUGAGAUCAAGGAGCAACUAAAUUUGAUGCAAUCCGACAUUAGAACGUGGAAAAAUAUCAAGUCCUCUCCAAGAGAUGAGCCAUCUGUAGAUUCUCUAACAGAAGUGAUGGCUUGCUUUUGGAUGUGAUCCAGCUAUCAAAGUUUUGCUUAUAAUGGCUUUUGAGUUGAGACAAUCAGUGUCCGAGCCAAGAUUUUCAACUAAUAAAGUAGUAAUUACACGAAGAAGCAAAGGGAUUCAACAUAUACUGUAUAUACAUAAAAGAUAAUUUUGUUCUUGUAUACACCACAUUACUUUCAGCUGAACGGGAUUCGAAUAUACCCCCUUGCUCCCUCCUAGCUCCGCCCCUGAGUUUAGUAGUACUUUUGUCCUUCUUACGAAAAAUGGUUGCGUUGCAUGAUUCAAUUAUUAAAUUGAUCAUUAUUAGUGGCUUGUGAAAGUUUGUAUUUCAAGAAUCUGCAACAAUUGACCAUAUCAACCAAGAAAAGAUCUUUUAUCUUGUUAUCAAGUUUCAAGUUUUGUAUAAUUGAAACUUUUAAUCAACAAUGACUAUACAGAAGUAUGUUUUUGAUAUUAA